CACUCGACGUGGUCUUAUGUUAUUGGACACAGAGCGGUAAAUGCAAUGAAUAGAAAUUGAAACCGCGACUGGACUUCCUCUCCCAAAACUUGAUCGAGCUCACAAUUUUCUGGAGGAGAGAGAAAAUAUGAGUUACCAGAGAGUCCCUCAAGAACCCCAUCCUCCACCAGGGUAUGGGACACCAUAUCCUCCACCACCAAGGCAUCCAUCAGCACCACCACCGCCCUGUGAAGGGUAUCCUCCACCCCCACCACCAGGAUAUCCGCAUCCACCACCCCCACCAGGAUAUCCUCAUCCACCACCCCCACCAGGAUAUCCUCAUCCACCACCCCCACGUCCUUGGGGCUAUCAAGGAUACUUCAGUGAAGGGUACCCACCUCCCCCGCCCCCACCCCAGCCAUACCAUGUCCAGCACUCCGAGCAUAACCAUCACCAACAUCAGACUGGUUGUUCCUCUUUCCUUCGAGGAUGGUAUGUCAUUCUGCUUUCCCCAAUUAUCGUUUUUUAA